UUGUUCUAGAAAUUACAAGGGGACGGUAGACUAUAUAGUUUAUGAAUUCGUGACGGUGGUAUUCAUCCUGCCUCGUGUUCGGUUUAUUAGAAAUCCAUUUUAUGCGUAUACCUAUACGAUUCGAAGAAAGCCAACGUUAGUUGUGAACAUUAAAAUGAAUGGAAUAAUAAGGAAGAUAUUAUGUUCGCCGGUAAUUAAAAAUUUGUAUACGGCAACUUCGACUACAGGAAUCGCAAGUAAUCAAUUAAGAACACUGUGGAACGAUUCUCGACGAAUCCAAAUCACACCUAUCACUUCGACAAAACUAUUUAAGCAUCCAAGUGUUUCUUGUAAUUUCGGUUAUUGUCGGCAUUCUCAUACGAAAGCUGAGAAGGAGCUUGUAGAAUUUUUAGCUGAAGAAAUCAUAGCAGAAAAGAAUGCACAAAAAUUAAAAACUAUUCCCACUCAAUUAGAUGGUUUUAAAGUCUCGCUUGAUGGGGCAGAUGUUAAUUUGGAAAAGAAGCAAGAUAAUGAAACAAUUAGAAUCUCAUUUAACAUAAAUCAUACUGUUGAUUCUGAUUCUGAACCUGAUGUUGAAAUGACUAGUGAUACUCCAGACAUUGGUGAUAUGAAAAGUAAACCAUCCUUCACAGUUGAUAUAGUUAGAGAAAAUCAGACUCUUGGAUUCACCUGUUCCUUUAACAAUGAACCUGGUGCAUCAGGUGCCAAUGAAAGUUAUAAUGACAUCUUUGGUAUAGAUGAAAUUACUUUAUAUACAGGAGAACAUUCUGACAAAGUGUAUGCCGUUGCUGGUGAAAUUAUUGAUGGGUAUCUAUAUGAUUUGCUGAUGAAUUAUCUCGAAGAGAAAGGCAUUUCAAACGAGUUUGCGGAGAAAUUGAUUGACCUGAGUACGAGUUACGAACAUACCGCGUAUGUUAGCUUAUUAGAAGGCCUUUCCAAAUUCACAUCACGAAAAUAAUUGUUAUUUUAAUUUCUACUAUAUUUACAAUUAAUUAGAUAUAGAGUAUGUUUAUGUGAAAAUAUGUUUAUAAUAAAUGCAUAUAACACCUAUGUUCAUCUUAUUGAAGUAAAAUGUAAUUUUGUAUUUGUA